AUGACCGUGACAACACUACGUUCUACAGUACUUUUGGCGGUUGUAAUCACCGCAAUGCUAUCCACUGUACAAAGUUCCCUGGAUGACCAUCCUGACUCAUAUUGGCUAACUGUUGACGUACUGAAUGUGGAAUGGCGUAAAGGUUGUCUAACGACGGCAGGUUGUGCUGAGCCACGAUUUCAAGUUACUAAAGUUAAUACGGUAAAUAAUGAAGCCAACUCUAUCAGUUGGCCUGUGACCCUGAAAUUAGCUGAGGAAGGUACUCACUCAUUUAUAUCUCAUUGGACUUCACAAGGUGCCAAUGAUAUUGUUCUCAAAUGUGAGGUGACUGGCUUGGAUCCCACCUAUGGUUUCCCAAGGAUCUGUGAUGCAACUCCUUCCAAACGCGUAUUUGAUGACGAAAAUGAUCAUUUGGAACGCUUAAGAAAGCAACAACGUUUGACAAAUAAUGGCAAACUCGUCAUUGAGGUCAAAGGUAAAUGUUUCAAUGUCUCACUUGCUGUUCAGAAAUAUGAUCGCUGUCCGACAUGUGUUGAUCACCACAGUAUUGCCAUCGUAGAACAAUACACCGAUUCGGAAGUCAGUAAUGACUUGCUCCGUCACUUCAGUGGAAAUGAACAUUUCUUCAUGGCAGUGAUAAUUUUAUCAACAUUCACGGUUAUUUUAACCGCUGGAUUUGCUUGUUUACUCGUUGCUUUUCUGCAACAAAAACGUGAGUUGAAAACAUCCACGUCAAAACAACGCUUACACUCAGAACAGCUGAAUACAGUUCAUGCCAUACAUGCAUGUCAAGAAGACGCACGAUACGAGAUACCUUGGGAACAUAAAGCGAGAACCUUUCGCCGACCAACAUAUCGGAAUGUUAGCAGCAAAAAUGAUUUUUUGCCGAUAUCACCUUCAUUUACAGGAGUUACGGUUCCUGAUGUCACUACAGCAUUAACGCGGCCAGAUUCACAGAAAUCUCCGCCAAGUUUGUCGUUUGGCACGGAACCUCAUGAUGAUAGCGGCUUAGAAUCUGUCUAA